UUUCCCGCCCACUUCGCCCAGGGCGCCAGGGGGGCGGUGAGAUGAGGCGGUCGCGAGAGAGCGUGAGCUUAAAUAACUGGAGUAACCUCGUUUGGAGGGAUAGAAUGUCAGAGCGCGCUUCGCCCAGCACAAACGACGACGGGGUCAGGCUCCACCCUGCAAGGGACAGCGCUGGUUUCUCUGCCGCUCGGGCCGGAGGAGGAGGCUGCCAAAGCGCUGCUGGUGGCGGAAGUUGAGUUUGUAUCGUGUGAGGCAGCUUUUUAAAGUCUGGGUCUAGGAUACGUCCGAGGUGAGGGCGAAGUCAUAAAAUAGAAAUCGAAAGCUGAAGAAAAGUAAUCGUUGCAGCUGUUGCUUUUAUAUUUUGUAUUUUUCAAAACACCAGGAAAAGAGAGAGAAUAUAUAAUGUUCGUUACGAUGGUGCCCGAGAGAGAGGAGAGGACAAGCUUUCCUUAGGAAAAUAGCUUCCACUUCCAGCAUCUUCCUAAGCUGGCUGAACCACUUGGUUGAAGCAGAGACUCUCGGAUUCAGGUGUUCCCGACCGACAGUUGCUAGUGAUAGUAAUAAAUCGGCUUUGUCAGUAUUUGACUCUGGAUCAUUUUGAAAUGUGGUGGUUUCAGCAAGGACUGAGUUUCUUGCCUUCUGCCCUGGUUAUUUGCUCGUCUGCUGCUAUAGUGUUUCCAUAUGUUAUUGGAGUACUCUUAAACCAUAUUGACCCUUUCGUACCCUAUAUCAGUGACACAGGGGUAUUCCCUCCAGAAAGAUGCUUGUUUGGAAUAAUGUUGUGCUUUGCUUCCUUCUUGGCUAUUUCCACCAUAUAUGUUCGGUACAAACAAGUCAGUGUUUUGAACCCUGAUGAACCCAAGAUGCUCAGACUCAAUAAGGCUGGCUUAGUGAUAGGAAUGGUCAUCUGUUUUGGGAUUUGCAUCAUUGCAAACUUCCAGAAAAAUGUUACAUAUUCCAUACAUACAUUUGGAAGUUUCCUCGCAUUUGGAUUAGGAAUCAUAUAUAUUCUGCUUCAGACAAUUAUUUCCUAUAAGAUGCAACCACGAAUUCAUGGGAAGGAUAUUUUUUGGAUCAGAUUUACAAUGCUGCUAUGGUGUAUAGUAAGCGUAUUGAGUAUGGGUAUUUCAACAUCCAUUUUACUCAGCUUAAGUGGAACAGAUUCCCUACAGAAGAUUCGUUGGAAUCCCCAGGAGAAAGGAUAUAUCUUUCAUAUCAUUGCCGCAGCCUCUGAAUGGUCUUUGGUUUUCACUUUUGUCAGUUUUUUCCUGACUUUCAUCCGUGAUUUUCAGAAAAUCUCAUUGCAUACGGAAACAAUACUAUUGGGCCCUAAUCUUUAUCACACUCAAGAGCAGCUGGUAGCAGAUGAGCAAGGAAUGCCAAUCACAGGAAGCAUAUGAGAAGAAAACACAGAAAAUGACAUAAAUUAGUACUUCUGUGUGUGGGGGAGAAGCUUUGGUUCACAUAUAGCACUUCCAUUUUUUUAAUAGCAGAAAUCAUGAUGUCUAUUAAUUCCACUGGCAUCAGGCCAUAUACAUGGCUAUACGUACAGUCCUUUGCAAAGGUUUUAGGCAGUUGUGCAAAAAUGCUGUACAUUAAGAAUGCUUUUAGAAAUAUAAGUGUUAAUAAUUUAUUUUUAUCAAUUAAGAAAAUGGAAAGUAAAUGAACAAAAGAGAAAUCCAAAUCAACAAUAUUUGGGGUAACCAUCUUUUGCCAUCAAAAUAGUAUCAAUUCUUACACUUGCACAAAGUCAGGGAUUUUGUAGGAUUAGGGUCAGGUAUGUGAUUAACCAAUUAUACCAAGCCAGGGUCUAAUGAGCAUCAAUUUCAUAUGUAGUUUGAAACACAGUCACUAAUUGAAACAGAAACAACUUAAAACUGAGUGAGGCACAGUCAAACUCUGCUACUAAGGUGAGGUUGUGGAAGACAGUUUCAUGGUCUCUCCUAGGCAAAUAUUGCAAAGCAGACUGGGGUUUCAAGAUGUGCUGUUCAGGUUCUUUUCAAGAAGCACAACGAAUUGGGCAAAACUGAGGAAACAGGAAAUUUAAUGCAGCAGAUGACAGACACAUCAGAGGUGGGUUGCUCCCAGUUUGGCCCGGAUUGGGAAAACCAGUAGUGGCAGCGGUAGGAGGCUCCGCCCACCCGCCCAGAUGCUUCUAUGCAAGUGCAGAAGUGCUACAUGUGUGAGCAAGUGCAUGUCCAUGUAUGAGCAAACCGGUAGUAAAAAAAAACCACCGAGACACAUCAUGCUCACUUUCCUUGACAUUGGAAGAUGUCUAGCAGUACCAUCAACACAGAACUGGCAGAAAUCAGUGGGGCCCAGGUAUGUUGCUCUACUGUCUGGAGAAGUCUGACCAGAACUGGUCUUCAUGGAAGAAUUGUGCCCCAAAAGUCUGAUGGAAACAAGGCCAAGUGACUCAACUAUGCACAAAAAUAUCUGAACUGGGAUGUAGAAAAAUGAUAGUAGGUCCUUUGGAGUGAUGAAUCAAAAUGUGACAUUUGGCUGUAACAGGAGUUUGUUCACCAAAAGGCUGGAGAGCAUACCAUAAAGAAUGUCUGCAGGCAACAGUGAAGCAUGGUGGAGAUUCCUUGCAAGUUUGGAUUGCAUUUCUGCAAAUGGAAUUCAAGAUUUGGCCAGGAUCAAUGGUGUCCUCAAAGUUGAGAAAUACAGGCUGAUACUUACCUAUCAUACUGUGCUAUCAGGGAGGCCUGUGAUUAGCCCCAAAUUUAUUCUUCACCAGGACA